AUGAUAAGCAACUGCACGUUCCGAGCGGAUCGUGAGCCUGCGAACAUUGACGCAUGUGAAAAGGGCCUUUACCACCCUCCCACCUCCCAAAUAUUUCAUAUUCCUAGUGCUUUUUGGUUUGGUAUUGCUUCUCCUUCAGACCCAACGUCUGCUCUCGAUACUAAGUCACUUAGCGCUCCGAAGAACUUGUCUCGCGCAUCUGCCAUCACUCUCCAGUGGACCCUCUUUGUUCUCUGUCUGAGCUGCCUGCCUGAACUGGCCAGUGAUACCCGGUACCUGCUGCGCCCAUUUCUGUCGCAAAGCGCUUGUGUUAGCACUGGCCACGUUAGCACUUCAACACCGCUUGCAUUCGCACGUGUGCCCCAAGGUCUUCAAAACAUCGUUAAUCUUUGUGUGUCACCACCUCCGCUGCACGCGGGUGUACCCAUGACGGGUAAGUACCCGCAGCGACCCGCACCGGUACCCGUGGUCAACCCGUACCCGUGGCCAGGGUGUCAAUAUUCAUCCAGUACCUACAGCUACGAGGAGCUUGUGAAGAACUACAAGGUCACAUAUGGCGCUGGGGGUGCCUCUGAAGAGCCUGCCGGGGAGUGCAUGACAGAUACUGACACUCCUGCGGUAUGUCACGGUCUUCCUGGAAUAACUGUCGGCAGAAGACAGACAUGGAGGUCUAUAGGAGGUGUACCUCGUCAAGCCAGGUGA